CCUUACGUUGGGGGUUACGUGAAGUUGGUCAGUCCACUUCCUGUACAGUGGGACAUCCCGCUGCAUCAAUCUCCACCGUAUCCAUGGUGAAACAGUCUCUUUUUGACAUAUUUUUUAAAACGACUGCGUCGACGCUAAAUCGGCUACACAAGGAUAUGCGACCUUACCUCCGUCUGUUAACGUCCAUUAUGUGAACGCUGUUCUGAAUUCAAUGUGGUCGAGACGUUGGUGCGCUACAACUAUUUGCCCAUGGACAUGGAGUGUGGGAUCACUGUGAAUCGAAUGUGUUCGUGAGCAGGAACAAGGACAAGUUACAUCUAGGUUACACGUCUGUAUUCCUACUCUUUUGUAGCCGAUUUCAAGCCAAACAUUCGGUAGGAUAUAGAACAACCUGGAAUAAUAAUAAUGGGGGUGUAUCGGAAUCUAUGUUUAUCCGUUGCCCUUUUACUGUCCUGUCUCAAACACGGACUUGCAUUCAAUCUGGAUAUCGAGAAACCCUCUGUGUUCUCUGGUCCUCGAGGGAGCUACUUCGGAUUUUCUGUUGCUUUCUUCAAACCGAGUAAUAGACAAUUAAACGUUCUUAUAGGUGCUCCAAGAGCCAUCGUGUCAACAAUCUCAAACGUGUCCGAGAGAGGGGCAGUCUACAGCUGCCCUUGGCAAACCGGAGAUGGUUGUAAACAAAUACAGUUCGACAAUACUGAUGACCGGAAGAAUGAAAACAACCAGCAAAUGGAGUUCAAGACGAACCAGUGGUUUGGAGCUACAGUGCGUUCAGAUGGGGAACAUAUUUUGGCCUGUGCCCCCCUGUACCAGUGGAGCACCUAUGGGCUUUCGGAGAGGGAGCCUGUCGGGACCUGCUUCCUGAAGAAGGGAGCGAGUGUGGUGGAAUACUCCCCUUGUCGCUCAACUUUCAACUCACCAGAGGGACAAGGUUUUUGUCAAGCUGGGUUCAGUGCAGAUUUUGUAAAGAAUAACAGGGUUGUUGUUGGCGGACCCGGCAGCUUCUAUUGGCAAGGUCAACUCAUCUCUGACGACAUAUCUGAGAUCAUAAGCAAAUUCAGCAACAACUUCUACACGACAUACAGCAAUCAGCUAACCACCAAGUCAGCGAGCGCCCAGUAUGAUGAUAGCUAUUUAGGAUACUCCGUAGCUGUGGGGGACUUCAAUAAUGAUGGAGACGAUGAUUACAUUACUGGUGUUCCAAGAGGAGAGAAAGCCCUUGGUUAUGUUAACAUAUUUAAUGGGCAGACUAUGGUGUCUAUGCUCAACUUCACCGGUGUUCAGAUGGCUGCCUAUUUUGGGCAUUCGGUAGCAGCAACUGACAUUAACAAUGACGGGCUGGUGGAUCUGUUUGUGGGAGCCCCUCUCUUCAUGGACCGCGGCUCUGACGGGAAGUUGCGGGAGGUCGGCCAGGUGUACGUGUACCUGGGCAAGGGCGCCUUCACCUUCUCCAACCCCCAGAAGCUCACCGGCUCCGAGAUCUACGCCCGCUUCGGCAGCUCCAUCGCCAGCCUGGGCGACCUGGACCUGGAUGGCUUCAAUGAUGUGGCCAUAGGUGCCCCUUACGGAGGAUCUGAUCACCAGGGCCUGGUGUACAUCCACAACGGCAGGGCGGGAGGGCCGGAGCCCGCUGCUUCCCAGGUGCUGGAGGGCCGCUGGGCCUCCUCCUCCAUGCCCCCCAGCUUUGGCUAUGCCAUGCACGGCGCCACAGACAUCGACCUCAACGGAUACCCCGACCUGAUGGUGGGCGUGUUUGGCGCUGACAAAGCGGUUCUCUACAGGGCUCGGCCAGUCAUCAGUGUGAACGCCACUCUCGACAUCAGUCCUCAGAUCCUGAACCCUGAGGACCGGAGCUGCAGUCUGCCCAAUGCCCCGUCCACCUCAGUGUCCUGUUUUACAGUGAAGUACUGCCUGAAGGCAAGUGGAAGAGGUGCCCCGUCCGAUUUGAACUUCCAGGUGGACAUCGUCCUGGACAAGCUCAAGCACAAGGGGGCGGUCAAGCGUGUCCUCUUCCUCCACAGCCGCCAGUCCCAGUACUCCAAGAACAUGAGCGUGUCCAACGGACGCGCCCCGGGCUGCGAGGAGCUGGUGGCCUACUUGAUUGAUGACUCAGAGUUCAGGGAUAAGAUCACGCCCAUUGCCGUGUUUAUGGAGUACCGGCUGGACUUUAAGACGGCUGCCGACAAGACUGGCCUGCUGCCCAUCCUGGACCAGUCCACGCCUGCCAACGUGACCAAACAGGCUCAUAUAUUAUUGGAUUGUGGAGAUGACAAUAUCUGCAAGCCAGACUUGAAACUAACUGUGGUGAGUGACCAGAAGCAGAUCUACAUCGGUGAUGAUAACCCCCUGACCUUAGCGGUCACUGCGGAGAACAACGGCGAGGGGGCAUACGAGGCCGAGCUGCACGUCACCAUGCCCCCGCAGGCCGACUUCAUCGGGGUGGUGCGCAACAGUGAGACUCUCUCCAGGCUCUCCUGCGCUUACAAGAGAGAGAACCAGACCAGGAUGGUGGUGUGUGACCUGGGAAACCCUAUGAAGGGAGGCACAAAGGUCAUGGCCGGCCUUCGCUUCAGCGUCCACCAGCUGUCCGAGCAGGACACCUCCGUCAAGUUUGACCUGCAGAUCAUCAGUUCCAACCAGUUCAACAACACCAGCAACCUGGUCUCCAGUGUCACAAAGCUCGCCGUCUUAGCCAAAGUGGAAAUAAGAGGUGUGUCUGCACCAGAUCAAGUCUUCCUCCCAAUUGCUAACUGGCAGCCAAAAGACAACCCCGUGUUGGAGGACGACAUCGGUCCCCUUAUACUCCACGUGUAUGAGCUCCGGAAUAAAGGCCCUAGCACUUUCAGCAAGGCUAUGCUCGACAUCAAGCUGCCUUACAAGUACAACAAUGGCUCUCUGCUCUACAUCACCAAGUACACGGUGGAUGGAGCCAUGAACUGCAGCACGGACAUGGAAAUUAACCCUCUCAACGUCUCUAACCCCACAUUUUUGGACAAGAACAUGACCGUGGCCAGCGGGGACCGGUCGGAGAGCAGGGUCCGCAACCACGUGCACCGCCGCGACCUGGAGCGCAAGCAGAUGGAGGGAGACCUGGAGACUCUGGACUGUGAGAAGGCCAAGUGUUUGAAGAUCCAGUGUCGGGUGGGCCGUCUGGAGAGGGGCCAGAGUGCCAUCCUCUUCAUUCGCUCGCGGCUCGGGGUGGCCACUUUCCUCCAGGCUGAGUCCCAGAACCGCUCCUACAGUGUCAGGUCCUCGGCCACGUUCAACGUCAUAGAGAUGCCCUACAAGAACCUGGUGUCUGAGUUCCCCUCCAACAGCACAUCGGUGAACCUAGCUGUGAUCUGGGUGAAGACAGACUACACCCAGCCUGUGCCAGGAUGGGUUGUAGCUCUCGCUGUGUUAGCCGGUCUCCUCCUGCUGGCUCUGCUGAUCUUUGUGAUGUACAAGCUGGGCUUCUUUAAGCGAGUGCGCCCCCCUCAGGGCGACUGCACAGAGAAGGAGCAGCUGCAGCCGCUGGAGAAUGGCGAGCGCAACACGGAGGCGUGAGGAGCGCCACCACAGCACUGUGUCAACGCAACGCCACGUCUCCACGACUGGACCGGGAAAUGGCCUGUGGCGACUACCAUGGGACAGAACUAUACAGUUAUGUGUGUGUUUGUGUGUGUGUGUGUGUGUGUGUGUGUGCGUGCCUGGUGUGUGUGCGUGUGUGUGUGCGUGUGUGUGUGUGCGUGUGUGUGCGUGUGUGUGCGUGGGUGCGUGUGUGCGUGGGUGGGUGCUAGUGUGUGUGUGUGUGUGUUUUGUGAGUCACUUGGCCCUUUUGAAAAUCUUGGGACAGACUGACCUGUAAAUGCAGUUCUUUGCCAACUUUGGCUGUGCAAACGCAGUACUUUCGAUUGUGGACACUGGAAGAGUGAGUGCUUUUUGGUCUAGACUGCUCUGAUUCACGUGACUGCCAUAGUGCUAACGACGGGGAAAAUGCUCGAUGAAGAAGUGCAAAAACUUUCAAAUGCAGUGGUGUUCAUUUCUUUUGACUGUCCCUCAUACUGGGACGAGUGCCAAUCCAGUUUGACUGUGCUUCAACAAAACCUGCUGGUUAAAUCUAUGCAUAUUAACUGCACUGACUUUCAUGAGAUUCAUUAGGUGGCAAAUGUAGUUGAACUAUGAGGCGUUUGAAUAACCAUUGUUUACACUGUUAGUUUGAAGCAAUAGAGAAUAAAAAAAAAGGUCUUAACUCUUUGUAAUAAAUGUAGUGUCGGAUGAAUUGGGAAAUUUGCAAUACUCAUGAACGUUGAAUAGCUGCUGCCAUACGCUGCUUCAGGAGAGCAGUUGUGGACAAAUGACCAUCCUUGAGAAAAAACAACAACUUUUUUGUGAAAUUGCUGAAAAAGAAAAAGUUCAUGAUUGUCAUCCUUACGUUGGUCUCUUUUGGUCUCUUUUCAACAGACCCUCAUUCAGUAAACAUUUCACAGUCCUUGCCUUUUCUUAAAAAAUACAAAAAUGGGUAAAAAUACCAUUCAAACCAGGGGGUGCAAAUUAGGUUCUUCACUUCACUAGUCUAAACGAAUAUUGUACUGUAAAUUUAAGACACCCAUUUGCAAUCCAGUUGUAAACUUUGCAAAUUCAGGUACUUAUUCAGACAGACAGUGGUCUGUUUUCAUUAUUGUGCAUAUUAAUGGUAUAAUAACAAAGAAAUAAUGUGAUUUACAGUUAAUAGCCUUGCCUGGUUGAAGAAUUCCUUUCAGUUAAACGUGGCCUAGUACACAUUUGCCUUCACCCUGUGAAAAGAAUGUGGACAUAUUUGGCCAAGAACAUCUAUAAAGUUGUCUGAGAGUUAUCAGAUUUCAAAUGCAGAUCGAGUGUGUACGCUCGCCUCUCUCAAGAGGUGUAAAGUCGCUAAUCAUUCCUAUCAGGACAUGUCUGAUAUGAGCUCUGUUACACUUUUCUCAAGGGUGGUCUUAAUCAUUUGUCUAUGACUGUAAUAAGCCAAGAAGUCGGCCACUUUAAAACCUUGAUUUCACUAAACAGUUUCCCUAAUCUUUUGUGUAGUAAUUUAAAUUCACUCCUAUUUCAUUUUCUAUUGUUUGGAUAUAAUUUUUAGAAGACGUGUGUAAAUUAUUAUUUUGUCUUUUUCUUCCGCUGAUGUUUAAGGUGGUGGAAGUACAAUAAUUUCAUGAAUACUUUUAAAUUUGUAUUUUUGAAAUACAGUUUGCAUUUUUUACGACUCUAAAAUGUAGGUACUACAACCACCAUAAACGUAUUGCUCCAUCUCAUGUUAAAUGAAGUAUAAAAAGUUUUUUAUAUUUCAAAACAUUUACUCUCUCUAAAAUGUAAUUUCAAAAGCAAAUGCAAAGAUGAAGUCCAAGGGCAUAAUUUGAUGCUGCUGAGGCUUCUUGCUUUGGUAGCAAGUAGAUCAUCACUGCACGAUGAAAACUAUUCUACAGUGACACCAGCAAUUCUUUAUAAUACUAAUUCUGUAAGGCUGAAUACAGUCCACCAGUCUAGGUAGGGGAUUUGUGUCAGUCUUUAUUGGCCUUUUUAUGCAUUCUUCAUGUCUUUGUUACAUAUUUUUUCACAUUGCACAUAUAGAAGUCUUCUUAUUUCUUUCAAAAGUAUGGCUUCACCAUUAAUUGCGUUAACCUGAGGAGAAUGACUAGAUCAUAAUGAUCACAGGCUGAAUACACAAUGCUUGUAAAUCACAUUUUUGUAAUAUGAUUGAACAUUGAUUACAUUUUGUAUAUGUGUAUAAAGUGUUUUAAGUCCGUUGUGACCAUGCCCCUCCACCAACAUGUACAGAACAGCUCGGUUUGAAAUGUUUAAAAUGAUCAGUUUCCACAUGUCACUCCAGUUUGUGAAUCUUUAGGCUAUACUGCUGUUUGGUGGGUGAAGAUGUGUUAACAACAAUAAAAUGUUCAGAGGUUUCAGAUAUACUGUAUUUUCACCCGUGCUUCCAUUACUAUUAAAAUGCGGAUGUGAUAAAUUA